GUUUUUAUGCAAAUGGUAUUUUCAUUAAUAUCACUCUAUUAAUGCAAAUUAUUUGAACAAUUGUUUAAUUAUAGCAAAUGGAAUCCAGAAAUGUCUAAAACAAGGUUGAAAUAAUAUCAAUAGGUCAUUAAAAAUUAUUUCCAUCGAUGUUUAGAAGAAACGGGCCUCUUAUAAGACUUCUAAAACUCGGCGCAAUCACUAUUAUAGUGAUAUGUGGAUUGAAUUUUAUCAGAGAUGUUUGAAAAGCAUUUUUUAAAUCACUUGGAACAUCAGUCUUUGAAUUAUCAAAAUCGGCGCUAUCACUUUUUUAGUUCUAGUGGGAUUGCAAAUAGUACGAGAUCUUUGAGAAAUGGGAACUUAUUAAAGAUUCAUGAAAUAUUUUAGCGACCUA